CCUUCUUCAACCCCAAAGGAAGCAAGAAAAACAAGGUCACAACAUAUUAUAAGAACCCCAAAAAAAAAAAACACAAAGACUUCACUUCUGAUUUCUUCUCCUAACUUCUUCCUUUCCAAAAAUAUGGAUCAUGAAAUAACCAAGAAAAUCACGGCCAUGUUUGAUAACCGGCGGUUAUUAAACCGCUUCAGAUCAUCACUAUUCACAGCGUUUGCUUCCACAGUGAUAGCUCUGAUCGUUUUCACGAUCAUUCUCGUCUCUAAUUUAUCGGUGAGAGAUUACUCGACGAAGAUGUUGACAAUAGAGAUCAAGACAGUUGUUCCUUACUUACCUCUAAGCUCAGAGAAAGAGUUGAGUGAAGAGACCAACCACAACUAUUCUAUCAAGCAACAAGUCACAGUCAAAGAGAUUAACAAUCUUCAAGUUCUUGAAGUUUUUGGAGGCAAAGGCGUGUCGGAGAAGUUUCAACAGAGAGCAACAGAGUUUUUAAGAGAUGAUUGUGAGGUCAACUUCAUGAUGACAUGGAUCUCACCUGCGGAAAUGUUCGGUAAGAGAGAGGUUUUAUCUGUAGAGAGCGUCUUCAAACAUCACCCUCGAGGUUGUUUGACCAUUUUAUCAUCGACAAUGGAUUCUCCACAAGGUUUCAGAAUCUUGAAACCGUUUCUUGAUCGAGGUUACAGAGUUAUGGCGGUCACGCCGGAUUUGCCUUUUCUUCUGAAAGACACAGCCGGAGAAUCGUGGCUUGAGGAGAUUCAAACGGGUAAAAGAGAUCCCGGAAAGAUUCCUUUAGCUCAGAAUCUGUCAAAUCUUAUGAGACUGGCGUAUCUUUUCAAAUUCGGAGGUGUUUAUUUGGACACGGACAUGAUUGUUCUGAAGAGCUUUAAAACUCUUAGGAACGUGAUCGGUGCACAGACCCUCGAACCGGUUUCUAGAAACUGGACAAGAUUGAACAAUGCGGUUUUGGUCUUCGACAAGAACCAUCCUUUCUUGCUCAAAUCCAUUCAAGAGUUCGCGUUGACUUUCAACGGAAACGUUUGGGGUCAUAACGGACCGUAUCUGGUUUCUAGAGUGGCUCGAGCCGUGGAAGGAACAAGUGGUUAUAACUUCACCAUCAUGACACCUCCUGCGUUUUAUCCAGUGAACUGGAUUGAGAUUGAGAAGCUAUUCAAAGUUCCAAGAACAGAGAAAGAUUCUAAGAGAGUCCAAGUCAAGGUUCUUGAGAUGCACAAGAGAAGCUAUGGAUUGCAUCUGUGGAAUAAGUUUAGCAGCAAAUUCGAAAUUGAACAAGGAAGUGCCAUGGAUAAAUUGGUUUCAGAUCAUUGUAUAAUCUGUGAUCGUGUUGUCUCUUUAUCCUAAAGACUUCAUUAUUUAUUUUUUCCAUUUUGUAAGUUAAUUCCAUUGUAGAAUAGUUUUGUAAAUUAACAAUGAAACCCUCAACCUUUUUAAUUUUU